UGCAAACCUUAAGUGGCAAUGGGCAGGGCACAUUGCUCGCAGGACCGAUGGCCGCUGGGGCGGAAAGGUCCUCGAGUGGCGACCGCGUACCGGGAAACGCAGUGUUGGCAGGCCCCCCACAAGGUGGACCGACGAUCUGGUAAAGGUCGCGGGAAGCCGCUGGAUGCGGGCAGCAUGGGACCGAUCGCUGUGGAAAUCCAUGGGGGAGGCCUAUGUCCAGCAGUGGACGUCUUUCGGCUGAUGAUGAUGAUGAUGAUGAUGAUGAAUAGUUAAAUAUCAAAACAUUUGUCAAGAGCCUGUCUUAUAUGAAAAAUGGCGACAAUCGACGCAGAAAAUUAUCGAUUACUUUCAAACAAAUUCAAAUACUUAAUCCGUGAUCUUCUUUAUCACUUCCCCUGCGUUAAGUUAUAAAACUAAAUUACGUGUGUAAAACAAUAUGUGAACUAGUAGCACUGAGGUGGCGCCUAAAGGCAGACUUAUUUCUUUAUAACAAUUCCUUUUUAUUGCAAAAUAUAUUUGUUAGAUGAAAUUUAAGUAAUGUAAAUUUUUAAAUUUACUUAAAUUACACACGCGAUUUAUUUUAUCAUAUUAAAUGUAAAAGAUUGAAGAUUUUGAAAAUUUGUAGUAAUGUCUGAGAUGAGAAAGGAUAGUGUACCUGGACAGCAAAUAGUGGACGAUAAAGCUGGCGUGAAGCACAUAGACCUGGACCAUGUACUGGUGAACGAGCUAGGACAGUGCGGCCGGUUCCAGCUGAUCAACAUACUGCUGGUCGGGAUUCCUCUCCUCACGUCCGCUUUCAUGAACGAAUUCGUCUUUGGAGCCGCAGCUAUUCCUCACAGAUGCCGUAUCCCUGAGUGUGGAGAGGAUAGCAAGUUGAAUGUUUUUGACCCUAUCUGGAUUUCAAACGCCGUUCCUCAGUCAGGGAACACAAUUGCAAGUUGUCAGCGGUUCCCAUCGCUCGGAAAUGGCACCCUGGGUGUUUGCCCGAUCGAACUUUUUGAUAGGAGCACAACGACUAGCUGCGAUGGCUUCGUGUAUGCUAGGACUGAUUCUGUAGUAUACGAUUUUGAUUUAGGGUGUCAAGAAUGGAUGAGAGCAUUAGCUGGUACAUUGAACAGUGUGGGCGCGUUACUAGUGUUGCCUAUGACUGGAUUCGUGUCGGAUCGCUUCGGGCGCAGAGUUGCCCUCAUCAUCAGCGUCUUCAACAUGGCCGUCAUCGGUAUCAUCAGAUCCUUCUCCGUUAACUACCCCAUGUACUUGGCUUUGCAGAUCUUGCAAACUACCUUGGGUGCUGGAAUUUACAGUGCGGCUUACAUUUUUGCUGCCGAGAUGGUUGGACCAAAAUAUCGUGUAUUGACAAGUGCUACAUCAAGUUCUAUGUUCGCUGUUGGCCAAGUGAUCUUAGGAGCGACAUCAUGGUUAAUCCCAUCGUGGCGCUAUCUCUUACUGGCACUUAAUAUACCGUGUUUCCUUAUGUUGUCGUACUACUGGAUUCUUCCUGAGAGCGUUAGGUGGCUACUGUCUAAGGAAAAGUUUGAAGAAGCGAGAGUAGUAUUAAAAAAAGUAGCAAAGGUAAACGGAAAACAGAUAAGUGAAAAAUCCAUGGAAGCCUUAUUGACGCCAGCACCACCACCGCCGGAAUCUACGUUGCAGACGAAGGAUUCUCUGGUGAAAUCAAUAGUGAAGUCUCCCGUCUUACUCCAAAGGGUGUGCACUACCCCUAUUUGGUGGAUCACCACGAUCCUAGUGUACUACGGGUUGUCCAUCAACUCCACCAGUCUAUCCGACGAGAGGCAUUUGAACUACAUCUUGACGGUGGCCGUGGAGAUUCCUGGUUUCUACAGCGCCGUACUGGUUCUCGACAGGAUCGGCCGGAAGAUGACUUUAUGUGGCGGCUUCUUUAUGAGUGCCGCUUGUAACAUCGCCUUCAUCUUUAUUCCUAAUGAUUUGAGUGUGCUGAGGCAGAUAAUCUUCCUGCUGGGCAAAUUCGGGAUAUCUGUGGUGGUGACGUCACUGUACCUGUUCACUUCUGAGCUGUAUCCAACCCAGUAUAGACACAGCUUGCUCGGCUUCUCGUCCAUGAUCGGCAGGAUCGGAUCCAUCACUGCGCCACUCACUCCAGCGCUGAUGGAAUACUGGGAAGGCAUUCCCUCCAUGAUGUUUGGUGUGUUGGGGCUGAUCUCAGGGCUGCUGGUGCUGACGCAGCCGGAGACACUCGGCACCAAGAUGCCCGACACCCUCGCGGAGGCAGAGGCCCUGGGCAGACCUGGAUCCCGGCAGCAGACCGGCUAAUCUCAAUAAAGUUUUUGAUCUACACCCAAG